CUGCACAGCUGGGGAAGCAGCCCAGAAAACACAGUUUUGCUAUAAAUUUAUUAAACCCUCGCCAACCUAGGAAGCAGAAACGGUGAUGGCCCCUGACUGCUACCAUUCACAAUGUGAUAUGAUUGAAAUGAGCUCUUCAUCUCUUUCCUUUUAGUACAACUGAAGAACAGAUAAGAGCCUGUUGCUGCCUCUGCAGAUUCCUGCCCCCUCCCCCUCAUCUCCACCUCUUUUCAGUCUCCAGACGCUCCAUGUCCACACAUGCGAGUGCAAAUAUUUACAUGCUCGCACAUCGUCAAAAAAGACCCACAUUUUCCUGCGGACACACGCGCGCACGCAUUCGGCGACCGCCCACGUCCCGUCUCGCCCACAGAUCCAGACAUCUGCACACUAGGCCAGGAGAGCGCGGGGCACGGCCCUGUGACUCUCCACGCAGGUCCCCAGAACACGCCUCUUACAUUGUCACUGAGCCGAUCAACGAGCACGGACAAACCUGCCAAGCCCUAAGUCUACUGGCUGGAUUUUUCAUCUCCAUGGCAACAAGCAUGGAAGACCAAGAGUUGAUCCCAACAGGCAUUCCGAAGAGCCGUGAAGAUGUGCCCGUGAGUGAUGAGUAGCCCCCACUGCGGCAACUCUUCCGCUGAGAUGAGUGUCAGCGAAGUCUCCGCUUUCUCUUUGACUCUGGAGCAGAAAACUGGCUUUGCUUUUGUGGGCAUUUUGUGUAUCUUCUUGGGACUUCUUAUUAUCAGAUGCUUCAAAAUUUUAUUAGAUCCAUAUAGUAGCAUGCCUUCCUCUACAUGGGAAGAUGAAGUGGAAGAGUUUGAUAAAGGGACAUUUGAAUAUGCGCUUGCAUGAGAGUUCUGGUGUUAGGCUCUUUCCAGUGGUGGGAUACAUGGUGUUUAUGUUUGUAACUACCUGAUUGUGCUGGAGAGAGGUGCCUUUCAUUCACUGAAAUCAAUAAACAUCUGUGAUUGAUUCACCCACCAUGCUGUGAAAAUUGUAAA